UUAAUUCAAAAAAGUAAAUUAGCAGAUAACCUAACAGUGGGUAUAGGUACAAUAAAGGAUUGGACUAUCUUAACAAAUCUACUGCUAAAAUAUGAGGCAGCAGCAAAUACAGCAAUUAACAAAGAAAAAUCCAAACUAUUACUUCUAACAAAAAAAGCACUUCAGACAGAACUGCCAGGAGAGACAAGUUUUGACAAAUUAGAGAAAAACAAGACAAUUAGAAUUCUAGGGUUUGAGGAAAACAAAGAAGAACAGCCAAGCAAAACUCUAUGGGAUUCAGUUACCACAAAGAUUAAAAAGCUAACAGAUAGCAUGAAUAGAUGA